UUCUUUCACGUGAUUGUACUUCACUUUGCAUUUCUUCAAACCCCACGCUACCAACUUCAGUUCUCAUCUCCCCUCCGUGGUAGCGCGGCCGCUUUUUGCAACCAUAGCCGCCGCCGCCGAAGGACCGAAACCCUUGCCUCUCUGAAUUCUCGAGCCUCCGCCACCGUUUCUGUCUCACCGGACGUUUCGAGGUCUUGAAGAGGCACAGGAUCGAGCUUACAAGGCUGUUGAUGAAAUUAACUGGUCAGGAGGAUUUUGCAGGCAGGAUAUUGGUUGGAGAGCACUUCCCCAGAAACAUUUUGCUACAAAAGGGUGAAUCAAAUGCUUUGUGAAUAUUUUAACCAUUGCUCAUUAUAUAAAUUAACAUCAUCUUUCUAAGAGAGGAGAGAAACAGUGAGUUCUCUUGUGGGCCUCAACCAUAUUAGCUACUUACUGAUCUUCCAUGUCAUGAGACCGGCAUCUGCUUUGUAUCCAUAGAUUGAAUGACAUUUAAGUUCAGGAUUUCUCUUGUCCAAAAUGAAAGAGACGUGUAAGCCAAAAACAAGGAAAAAAAGGAUGCAGCAUGUUUGAUUGUUUGUUGUGAUUUUAGUCUUUUUAAUUGUUCGACAUGGUUAGUAGUAUAGGCAUGAUGGUAUGAGUGGUGAUUGUUAGUUUUGAAAGAAAAGAAAGUCAUGAGAAGUGGAACGAUGAUAUAAUGAAGUUUACCGUACAUAUGUUUCCCUUGCAUGAUGAUUAAAGGAAAAUAUAUAUGAGAAGAAUAGAGAAGUGAAUCCCAUAAAAAAAGCUUUUACAAAAUUCGGGUACAACCUAGGUACCCAGAUUCCGGGUUUCAAAAACAUGGAUUAUUCUGGGUACUGGCCUGAGUCAUAACUUGGGUUAACUGGGGCCGGUACCUGGAUUCAGGUAUGGGUAUACCCGAGUACCUGGCCCGGAUCCGAAUGAACAAUCCUAGUCUUUCAUGUUUAUUUUUUCAUGUUUUUAAUUAAUCUAUGUGGUUAGGUGUGUUAAAAUUGAGAUAAACAAAUAGGAGCGAGAUGUACAAGUCAAGGCUGCAAGAGCUCUGCCACAAACGAUCGUGGAGUGUACCGGUGUACACAACCAUAAAGGACGGCCCUGACCACAACCCUCGCUUCAAGGCCACUGUGACUGUCAAUGGUGGAUCUUUCCACACACAAAACCCUUGUAGAUCAUCUAAAGAGGCUCAAAACGAUGCUGCUUCUGUUGCCUUCCACCACCUCACCAACCCUAAUCCUCCCCCGCCUCAGGCUUCUAUUGUCUCAUCUUUCGGUCAUUUCCCACAACCUUCACUUCCCUCUGAACCAGAUUCUUUAACUGAAAGUACUGAUUUGGAUGUUGUACUCACUACCGAGCACACAUUGCAACCAAAGAUAGAAGAAAUAUGCCAAACUCCUCAAGUCAAUGGAACUGCCUUACAAGAAAAUGAUGAUAAUAGAUCUAGAGAUAUGCAACAUUUGUACAAGAACCAUCUACAAAACUAUGCUCAAAAGAGAACUCCAAGUCUACCUGUCUACUCUUGUGAAUGUGAGGGCCCUCCUCAUGCCAGACGCUUCAAGUGUAAGGUCACAAUUGAUGGACAGACCUAUGAGAGUCCAGAGUUCUUUUCCAAUAUUAAGGAUGCUGAACAUGCAGCUGCAAAACUUGCCUUAACAUCUUUGUCGCCAGAUGGAGUUAGAAAGGAUGAUUCUGGACUCUACAAGAACCUUCUACAAGAGUUUGUUCAGAAAGAAGGGUUGGGUUUACCUGUUUAUGAUACAAUCAAAUCCGGUGAAGCUCAUGCACCAAUAUUUGUUUCGACUGUGGAGAUAGAUGGAAAGGUUUUUAAAGGACAAGAAACAAGGAACAAAAAGCAGGCAGAGAUGAGUGCAGCAAAGGUUGCUUACACUACUAUGAAAGAAUGUAAGUCAGGUCAGAGCCCUAUGAAAUUUUCACCUGCUCAGCAACAGUGGAAAACACUCGAGUUUUCAUCUUCUAGCCCACAACCAAAUGUUACUGCUGAUCUGCAGCAUCAUGUUGGACCCAAAGCCCCGGAGAAUAUCAAUCUAUGCACUAUUAAUUUGGGACAAGCCAAGGAAAAUAGAGUUAGUGCUGAAGUCAACUGUUAUCCGUCCAUUGUAUCUUCUGGACCCGAUACCAUUACAACGAGUGACAGAGCUACAUUGUCAUCUGACUCUUUACAUGGCUGUGCACCGGAUACAUCCUUUUCUACCCCUUUCAUGCCUAAAACUGGCCUACCUUCACAUUCUUCUUCAUCUUCAAACUGCUCAACUGAUUUUGAUAUGGAAAGUCUCGUGACACCAGUGGGAAUGAGGUCCUCAUCCUGUAAAAUAAUAUAUGUUCUCCCACGCAAGCCAAACAUGACAACUCCUAAAGGCUGCACCGUGUUGCCCAUGAGUGAUGAUAAGUGGGUUGCUUUCUCCCCCCAGUAGCUAAGUUUGUUGGUUGAGUAUCCUUUUGGACCUUUUCUAUCUGUCACAUAGAUUCUAUUAAUGAACUGUCCAAUUGUGUAUGGCACAUAUAUAAAUAUGUGAAUACUGGAUCUAUAGAAGAAAAAUAUAUUUUCAGUCAGAGGAUGGAUUUGAUGAUAA